UCCACAGUGUGAACACUCCGCCACAAGUUAUCGGCGAUGACGCAUCUUUCAAAAGCGGUUAUCGAUUACCCGGCGACUACUUUGAAAGAUUAAUGUGAGAUUUAAGUUGCUGCUUUAUUUCUCGUGCUCAAAUACAAUCUGAUAUGGCCACAGACACUCCACGGAGCCCAGGCUCGAGAUCAGACUCGCCGCCCUGUUGCAGUUCAUCUGAGAUUUGGAGUUUAAAUAAUACAUCAUCCAUAUAUGGAAGCAGUCCAAUAUACCCAAUGGAAGCAUCUUCACCGUCAAAUGCGAGCGAGAACCUGGCAGAAUCGUGCAGCAUUAAAGAUCAGGAUGAUAUCCCCUUGUCAGACAGCUCUGGUGAAAUUAACAACCGGCUGGAGCUUGAGCCAAAUAACAGUCUCGAAUUGUCAAGUGAAUAUGCAGACAACGAAUGUGUAAUUUUUGUCAGUGCUACGGAGUAUACCGAAAAAAAAACACAGAUCGAUCAGCUGGUGCAAAAGAUGCUCACAAUGGAGCAGCAGCAGCGGCAACUGGAAGAGACCGGGUCCGACAGUAAGGAGCUAUGUGCAUUGAAGACGCAGCUGGAGAAGCUUAAUGACCGCCUGGACGCCCUGGGCGGAUUCCUGGAUACGUUGCGUGUGCGGGAGGAUCAGCAGGCGAUCCAGAUAAAAGUCUCGGAUCAGGUGGAACAGACCGAGCAGCCCCGGUGGAGCAAUUUGUACUCCGGGCUGAACCGCUAUCGGCAAAAGGCCAACCACACUGCGGCUCAGUUCUAUCAGCACAAGAGCAACAUAAUCGACAGCCUGAAGAGCCUUUAUGAGCCCAUUGAACCUGGUCCUGCAAUCGAUGAGUUGGAAAGGCAACCCGCCUAUUUGUUGGUUCGCCUGCUGAAGCAUCAGCAGGUUGGCUUGAAAUGGAUGCAAUUCCGUGAGCGUCAGAAGAUCUGUGGAGGAAUUCUUGCCGACGACAUGGGUCUGGGAAAAACUCUAUCUAUGAUAGCCCUGAUCUUGGCUUCAGAGGAAACUAAGAACAGAAACCGGGAAGAAAAACAGCGGGUUUUGAAGUUAAAGUGGACGCAGGAGUUUAAUCGAAUGCAUACCAAGAAAAUCCGUAAGAUCUGCAUGUUUGACGAUGAAGAAGAGUCUGGGGAGGAGGAGAAGUACGAACCGCCGGAGAAACGCGCCUGUCAAGCCAAAACUAAAAAAAAAAACAGACAAUUUCGAAUUUCGGAUGAUGAAGAUACAGAAGAAGUUGUAGUGGAGAAUGAAAAGAACGAGCUGUUAGCAAAGUCUCCUGAACAAGAGAUUUUUAGUUCGGAUGAAGGUGAGGACCACUUUUCAAACGGUCGCUUUCCCUCGGCAAACACUUUAGUUGUUUGCCCCAUGAGCGUUAUGUGCCAGUGGGCCCAGGAGGUAACCUCCAAGGUGGCGCAAAAUGCCAUAAGGGUGCUGACUUUUCAUGGACCCAAUCGCCGUGAAAUUGGAAUAGAGGCAUUCAGGAGCUACGAUUUAAUCAUUACCUCGUAUAAUCUCCUAGUAAGCGAGCUUAAACGAUACGGAAACGCUUCCCCGCUGUUCGCCGUACAUUGGAACCGGGUGAUCCUCGACGAGGCUCACAUCAUUCGGAACUCAAAAACCAGUUGCUGUAGCUCUGUAUGCCAGUUGCGAGCCCGUUGUCAUUGGGCCUUGACUGGAACUCCUGUCCAGAAUCGGGCCAUCGAUGUAUUCGCCCUGCUGCGGUUUCUAAAUGUACCAAACCUUUGGGACCUCCAGCAGUGGAAGCUGUAUCUUAACGAAGGCAUGCUCGGUCAUCGCCGGCUUAACUUUAUAAUAAAGCCACUAAUGCUACGCAGGACAAAGCAACAGCUGCAGGCAUCUGGUGAUAUGCCUGCGCUGCCUUCCCUAAAGGUUGAACUAAUAUGCGUACAGCUAUCGAAAACUGAAAUGGCCGUAUACCAGAUCCUGUCUGCCAUAUCCAAAAAAAUUUUUAAACAGUUCCUGCUCCAACGCGAAAAGGGCAACUGUGAUUUAAAUUAUUACGCUCUGGAAAGAACCCCACAGUUUAUAAACGAAGAAAUCUUCGACGAACGGUACAACGAGAUCUACGAAAGAUUCCUUAAGUCGCUUGGCUACAAUCCGGGAGAAAAAAUCCUUGGUAUCUAUAUACUGGUGCUACUGCUGCGGCUGCGACAAUUUUGUUGCCAUCCGGGACUCAUCCUUGGGAUGCUGUGUGGUGCUUUGACCGCCGACGACCUUCAGAGUGUAAAGGUGGAUGCCUCAGACGUGGAGGGCCAGCUCAAGAUGGAUGUCCUUGCGGAAUUGGAUAAGUUUGACGUGAAUAGUGAUAGUGAAGAGGACUCUUUUGACGAGGAGGACAGUACUCGAAGAGAUCAAAAUUUCAAGUUGGAAGUCAUAAAAGAUGAAAUUAAGGAGGAGAACGUGCCGUGGCUUCCUGGUGAUGACCUACCAUCGCCCGGUUCUUCUGAUGAUCGAUUGGUACCAGAUGGUGCCAGAGCUCUUGAACUGCUUAAUCCACAGAAUCCCAUCUUUCAGUUUAUACGCCCUUCUGCCAAACUAAAGCUGAUCAUUAAUAAGCUAGAGGAACUUCUCACAGGCACCAACGACAAAAUUAUUGUUACAUCUCAGUGGGUGAGCUAUCUCGCCAUCAUCCGUAAACGACUGCAGGAUCUAUCAUGGGAAACACUUGACUUUAAUGGCCAGCUCAGCGCCAAAGAUCGCGAGCUUGUGCUGCGAGACUUUAACGCCGAUCCCGACAAGCGAGUGCUCCUACUCUCCCUCACCGCUGGCGGAGUGGGACUGAAUCUGAACGUAGCCAAUCACAUGCUAAUUGUGGACCUCCACUGGAACCCGCAGCUGGAGCGCCAGGCUCAGGACCGCAUUUAUCGAUAUGGUCAAACGAAGCCUACCUUCAUCUACCGCUACAUGUGUCAGGACACUGUAGAGCAACGAAUUAAGUCCCUGCAAGAUUUCAAGCUAGAAAUAGCUAAAGUGGUGGUUCCAGAGGAAAUGGGAGGAGUGUCCAGAUGUGUUGGCGGUGGUCUCAACCUCGACGAGCUAAAGAAACUGUUUGCAUUGUGAGACAACGUAUUUUAAUUUUAAUUUAGUAUGUAUUUAAGAAGUUUAUGUUUCUUGUUUUCAUUUAAAAUUUUCGCAAACAAAAGCUUUAUAGCUUCACCAAAGUGUAUAAUAA